CAAAUAUUUAACCUUUUAAGAUUCUUAAAAAAUUCUCUGAAAAAAUUAUUAUUCUUUAGGUUUUCAAAAAUUUCCUCUCACCCCCACAGAAGACUUCUCACAGAUCGUCAAUUCCCAGGGAGAAAGCAACGAUCUUGGAUCUUCAAUUGGGUCAAUCAGGGUUUUGAUUAUUGAGAUCAAAGAUUGAAACUUUACACGUUUUAAUGCAAUCAGUUGAGAAACAACCUAAGAAUUUGAAACGAGUUAAACCAGAUAUGUCUCCAACUGACAUUUCAACCCAACAAACCCCAAUGUUCAAUGACAAUGGCAGUGUUUUCCCUGUUGAAGAAAUCGUGCAAAACCCGUUACCGGGUUACGUAGCGCCAUCGUCGAUAUGUUUUAGUCCAGAUGAUAGUAUGAUUACUUAUUUAUAUAGUCCAGAGAGUAAUUUGAAUAGAAAGCUAUUUGGUUUUGAUCUCGAAACAUGUAAACAAGAGCUUUUGUUUAGUCCACCUGAUGGUGGUUUAGAUGAGAAUAAUAUAUCGCCUGAAGAGAAAUUGAGACGAGAACGGUUGAGGGAACGUGGAUUGGGUGUUACUCGUUACGAAUGGGUGAAGGGUUGUUCAGAGGAGAAGACGGUUAUGGUGCCUUUGCCUGCUGGGAUUUAUUUUCAAGGCCUAUCAUGUUCCAAACCGGAUCUUAAGCUUGAGUGCACACCUGCCUCGCCAAUCAUUGAUCCUCAUCUUUCUCCAGAUGGAACCAUGCUUGCUUAUGUAAGUGAUGGUGAGUUGCAUGUCUUGGAUUUGGCAGAUGGUGAAGUUAAGCCAUUGACGGCUGGUGCUGGCGUAAAUUGUGUGACACACGGACUUGCUGAAUAUAUUGCCCAAGAAGAAAUGGAUCGGAAGAAUGGAUUUUGGUGGUCAUCUGAUAGCAAAUACAUAGCAUUUACACAAGUAGAUUCGUCUAAGAUACCUGCUUUCAGAAUCAUGCAUCAGGGAAAAAGCUCUGUUGGGUUAGAUGCCCAAGAAGAUCAUGCUUAUCCCUUUGCAGGAGCAGCAAACGUCCAAGUCCGUGUUGCUGUGGUUUCUGCUUCUGGGGAUCCUGUUACCUGGAUGGACCUUCUCUGUGGAGAUAAUAACGAUGAAGAAUAUCUAGCUAGAGUUAAUUGGAUGCCUGGAAAUUCUCUCGCCGUUCAGGUUUUGAAUAGAAAGCAAACUCUGCUAAAACUCCUCAAGUUUAAUAUCAAAACGGGUCAAAGACAUGUUCUACUUGUUGAAGAACAGGACGCAUGGAUAAAUCUACAUGACUGCUUCACACCUCUGGACAAGGGAGUAAAUAGAUAUUCUGGCGGAUUUAUCUGGGCCAGUGAGAAAACAGGGUUUCGACAUCUUUAUCUUCACGAUGAAGAUGGAGUUUGCAUGGGUCCUUUGACUGAAGGUGAUUGGAUGGUUGAGCAAAUAGCUGGUGUAAAUGAAAUUUCAGGGCUUGUUUAUUUUACGGGAACUCUCGAUGGUGCCACGGAAUCUAACUUGUACAGCACAAGCCUAUUUCCCGAUUGGAACCAACCAUUACAGGCCCCAAAGAGAUUAACACUUGAGAAAGGAAAACAUUUUGUGGUGCUUGAUCAUCAAAUGCAGAGGUUUGUUGAUGUUCACGACUCUCUGGGAACUCCACCUAGAGUAUUCAUUCGUUCAUUGCACGAUGGAAGUUUAACGAUGCCUCUAUAUGAGGAGCCCUCCACUGUUAUGAUGAAAUUCAAAAAGCUUCGACUUUCACCACCAGAGAUUGUUGAAAUACAAGCAAAUGAUGGAACGACCUUAUAUGGAGCCAUAUACAAGCCUGAUCCAGAAAUAUUUGGACCUCCUCCAUACAAUACUUGUAUCAGUGUCUAUGGUGGUCCUGGCGUUCAACUAGUAAGUGACUCGUGGAUUAAUACAGUCGACAUGAGAGCUCAAUACCUGCGAAACAAAGGUGUCUUAGUUUGGAAGUUGGAUAAUAGAGGAUCGGCUCGACGUGGAAUGAAGUUUGAGAGUGCUCUGAAACACAAGAUGGGAAGCAUAGAUACUGAAGAUCAAUUGGCCGGAGUGGAAUGGCUGAUAAAACAAGGUUAUUCAAAAAGAGGUCGGAUUGGGUUGUAUGGAUGGAGCUAUGGUGGAUACAUGUCAGCUAUGACAUUAGCAAGAUACCCAGAAACUUUCUUCUUUGCAGUGUCAGGGGCACCUGUAACAUCAUGGGACGGGUAUGAUACAUUUUACACUGAGAAAUACAUGGGUUUGCCUUCAGAAAAUCCGGAUUCGUAUGACCACAGUUCGGUGAUGCACCAUAUUCAUAAAAUGAGAGGAAGAUUAUUACUUGUUCAUGGAAUGAUCGAUGAGAACGUUCAUUUCCGCCACACAGCAAGGCUUGUCAAUGCAUUGGUGGCAGCUCGAAAACCUUACGAGAUAUUAUUGUUUCCUGAUGAACGCCAUAUGCCACGUGGUCUUAAAGACCGGAUUUACAUGGAACAGAGAAUCUGGGAGUUCAUACAGAAGAAUUUUUGAAGCAUUUUAUAGGUUCUGUUUGGUGUUUCGAUCAGCUGUUGCUGCGCAAAGGUAGACAGGAAACCCUUCUCAGUCGUUUUCUUCUUUACUUUGGUCUUUUUUAAGUUGUAUAAAUGCAUUCCAGAGACAACAGAAUGAUGUUAACGGUGUAGAAAAAGAGCAUGACACAAAGUUCCACUUUCUGAAAAUCGAAUUAAGCGCAUUCGUUUUACAGA